AUGUCUUUCAGCACUCCUUUUUCGAGCCCUACAAAGUCCAAUGCAUCCACCCGUGUGAUAGACUCGCUCCACGCUGAAGUCGACGUACUCAAAGCUGAGCUGUCAAAGACUAGAAGUGAGCUAGACGAACACAAGAAGAAGUAUGACAGCACCCAGAAAGAGCUGGUGAAACUGGAACAGAAGAUGGAUAUUACCAAACACCACAAUGACAUGAACGAUGCUCUUCUUACGCGUAAAGAGAGAAGGAUUAAAGAUCUUGAACUGGAACUUUCGACAUCCAUUGCUGAUCUAAAAGACAGCAAAUUCGAUUUGCAAAACACAAAGACUACAAUGGGAAAUCUCGAGAAGCGCCAAAAGGAGAUUGUGGCCGAAAAUGAGAGGCUCAAAGCCCAGUACAACUCGUUGCAGGAUACAAGUUUGGAUUACAAGACUCAUUUCGAGGCCGAGAUAAAGCGGUUGAAGUUGUCACUUUCUGGCUUCCUUUCUUCUAGAGAGGACGAUCUGAAAGGUCUCUCGUCGCGGUUGGACGCCGUUCAAGAGAUCCCACCUUUGGAGAAACGCGAUUUUGAAAAGGUCAAGGAGAACUCCAAGCAUCUGGAGCUCAUGUACAAGCAGAAGAACGACGCAAUGGCGCAAGCGCUUAAGCAAUUGGCUCUGGCUGCGAGGAAGAUGGGGACUCAGACCAUGGAUGUUCUCCGUGAGUGCGAGGAGGUCCUAAGAAAGGAGAGAGGCGGUGAAGAAAACGAAGUGAAGACUCAAAAUGUUCCCGUCGUGCCGCCAACUAAUGAACAGAGCUCUGCCAAAUCUCCCAGAACCGCUGAAAAGGUGCAACCAGGAGCUGUAAAUAUCUCCAAAGCUCCAACCAAAGAAAAAGCCAAGUCCCCCGUUGUGCCAGGAUCCACUGACAAGAGUGCUGUGACCUCCCCAAGAAUCACGGAACAGAAACCCGUGGAAUCCUCUCCAAAGAAGAUCACCACAGAUCGCGUUGAACUGCCAAAGAGUCCUAAGGAGACUAAUGAAGAUAUAGCUCCUGUCGAGUCUGUGACCGCUGUUGAAGCAUCUCCCAAGACACCUACUCUGGAACGUGAUCAGAAAGCCAACCAGAAGUCUGGAGUGAAAGAAGACGAGAGCACAGAAAACACCGACUUUGAGUUAGUGGACCGCCAGCCGUCCACAAAAGACACUUCGGUUGAACCCGAGACCAGGGACGAAGACGAGAGUUCAGGGGAGCCAGAUGAAGAUGAAAGUGAAGGUGCAAAAGAAGCACCCCAGAAAGACGAACCUGAGCAUGAAGCCUCAACCAGUAACACAGCAAACGCAAAACCGAAAGGGAAGGGGAAUAACAAGCGCAGGCGCAAGAAGCCAAGUGCUAAGAGAUGA